AUGGCAUCGGCGAGGGAGCACGUGGAGAGGAUCCGGCGUGAGCGGUUCUACAUCGGGAGGGAGGAGAGGAACCCGCUGGCGGACGACAUCCACCAGGCGGUCACCUACCUCUCGCAGGAGCUCUAUUCCAAGGACGUCCACUUCCUCAUGGAACUCAUCCAGAAUGCGGAGGACAAUGACUAUCCGGUGGACGUGGCACCAACACUAGACUUUGUCAUCAUCAGAAAAGACAUCACUGCCACAGGAGCUAAUUCAACACUUCUCGUCUUCAACAAUGAGAGGGGCUUUUCUGCAGCAAACAUUGAAUCCAUUUGUAGGAUUGGAAAAUCAACCAAGAAAGGAAACAGGCAUCUUGGUUACAUUGGUGAAAAAGGUAUUGGAUUCAAAAGUGUAUUUCUGGUAUCCAGUCAGCCACAUAUCUUCAGCAAUGGACAUCAGAUAAAAUUUAACGAAGAACCAUCAGCAGAUUGUGAGAUAGGAUACAUUGUUCCUGAAUGGGUUGACGAGAAGCCAAGUAUUGGUGACAUACAAGCAGUCUAUGGCUAUUCUAAGAGCCUUCCUAUGACUACUAUUAUCUUGCCCCUGAAGAAUGACAAGAUACUAGCUGUGAAGAAAGAGCUAUCUAACACACAUCCUGAAAUCCUUCUGUUUCUUUCAAAAAUUAGACAGCUGUCUGUUAGGGAAAUAAAUGAUGAUCCCAAGGCAAGUAAACUCAGCCAGAUAUCCAUCUCAAGUGAAGUUGACUAUAAGACAAGGAAGGAAAUAAAUGCAGAAUCUUACACUCUGCAUCUUGCUAUGCAAGAAAAUGGUGAUGGGCAGGAAGAGGAGUGCACUUACUAUAUGUGGAAGCAGAAGUUUGCAGUCAAACCAGAAUGUAGAGUUAAGAAAAGAGUGGAAGUGGAUCAAUGGGUGAUUAACUUGGCAUUUCCUCAUGGACAGAGAUUAAGCAGAGGAGUGCGAUCACCUGGUGUGUAUGCAUACUUGCCUACGGAGAUGGUGACUAAUUUUCCCUUCAUUAUCCAAGCAGAUUUUCUUCUUGCUUCAUCUCGAGAGUCUAUUUUAUUUGACAGCCAAUGGAAUCUGGGGAUCCUUCUGUGUUCGUCAAUGCUUUUGCAGCACUCUUGAAAUCGUCCAAUGAUGCCCCAUUGUUUGCACUUGCACCAAUUUUCAGGUUUCUGCCAAUACACGCUUCUUCCCUUUCUGUUUUUGAUCCAGUCAGGCUAUCAAUAAAAAACAAAGUUGCAGCUGAGGAUAUAAUG